AUGCUCGCUCCGGCGCUGCUGGCGCUGCUGCUGGGGCUGCUGCUGGGCCCCGCGCUGCCGGCCGGGCCCCCGGCCCUGCGGAGCGCUUUGGGUAUCCCUGCUCCCUGCCGGCUGUCCCGGGCUGAGUCGGAGCUCAGGUGCCGUGUCCCAGGGGGGAAGCUGUGCAGUGACAGAGGCAGCUGUGAGUGUGGAGUCUGCAUCUGCCAAGUGACCGAGGCCGGCAAAUACUACGGUCCCCUCUGCGAGUGCCACGACUGGGUGUGCGAGACCUACGACGGGAAAAUCUGCGCAGGCCAUGGAAAGUGUGACUGUGGGAAGUGCAAAUGUGAUGAAGGCUGGUACGGUGAAGCUUGUCAGUAUUCAACUACUUGCAAUCUUACAAGGAAGAAAAGCAAUGAAAUGUGCAAGAAUUCUCAAGAUAUCAUCUGUUCUGGUGCAGGCACAUGUCAGUGUGGCAGGUGCCAAUGUGCUAACUCAGAAGAAAAUGGACUGGUAUAUGGCAAAUUUUGUGAAUGUGAUGACAGAGAAUGCAUUGAUGAUGAAACAGGAGAGAUUUGUACAGGCCAUGGAAAGUGUUACUGUGGAAACUGUUACUGUGAGGCUGGUUGGCAUGGAGAUAAAUGUGAAUUCCAGUGUGACAUCACCCCCUGGGAGAUCAAGAAGAGAUGCACAUCCCCAGAUGGCAAAAUCUGCAGCAACAGAGGCACAUGUGUAUGUGGGGAAUGUACAUGCCAUGAUGUGGACCCAACUGGUGACUGGGGUGAUAUUCAUGGAGAUACUUGUGAGUGUGAUGAAAGAAACUGCAAAGCAGUGUAUGAUAGAUAUUCUGAUGACUUCUGUUCAGGUCAUGGACAGUGUAAUUGUGGAAGAUGUGACUGUAAAGAAGGAUGGACUGGGAAAAAGUGUGAACAUCCACAUUCGUGUCCAAUGUCAGUUGAAGAAAGUGCUAAGAAAUGUCAAGGAAAUUCCAAUUUACCUUGCUCUGGAAGAGGGAGAUGUGAGUGUGGCCAAUGCACUUGUUUCCCUCCAGGAGACAACAGAGUUCAUGGCAAAAACUGUGAAUGUGAUGAUCGACAGUGUGAAAAUGCAGAUGGCGAUGUCUGUGGGGGCCAUGGUAUCUGCUCAUGUGGCCGAUGCAUUUGCCAGGAUGGGUGGUUUGGAAAGUUGUGCCAGCACUCAAGGAAGUGCAACAUGACGGAGGAGGAGAGCAGAAGUCUCUGCGAGUCGGCGGAUGGCAUACUGUGCUCCGGGAAGGGUUCCUGCCACUGUGGAAAGUGCAUCUGUUCACCCCAGGAAUGGUACAUUUCGGGUGAUUUCUGUGAAUGCGAUGACAGAGACUGUGACAAACACGAUGGUCUCAUUUGCACAGGUAACGGUGUUUGUAGCUGUGGAAACUGUGAGUGCUGGGAAGGAUGGAAUGGAAAUGCUUGUGAAAUCUGGCUGGGGAGAGAAUACCCGUAAUGGAGGAUGUCAAAGAUUGUGGAGGGUUUUUUUGUUUGUUUUUCCUUAGGCUGCUAGGACAUUUAAUUUCAGAAGUAUCUGGGUGUGGGUAUGCAUGAACGCACACAUACAUGGUUGUAAAUACCUUAGAACGCAUUUGAGGAUCUGCUCCUUAAAGAAAUGUAUCAGAAAACUAAGCAAGGGAGCACGACAGCCCAAGCUCUAGAGGGCGAAGUCAUAAAAUACUGGCCCUAUGGAACUUCUCCAGAGAUUUUUUUGUAAAUUCAGUGGAACUGAUAUUAUACCUGUAAUGACUAUUUCUUUGAGCAACCUGAGGCAAAGGUAUAAGAAGACCCUUUUUUUAACAUUAUUUACUUGGUUGUCAUGUCUCCUUGUCAGUAUGCAACAAUUCACCUGUAGAAGAGUAGCACUGGUGGAAUAUUGUCAAAUAAUUAGUUUGAUUUGUAUUAUGGUAUUUGAAAAAUACAUUAUUUGGUCUUUUUCUUUCCAACAGUCCUGAUUAUAAACCAACUCAUAAAUUGAGAGAAAAUAUUAUAGAUAUAAUAUUAAUGAUUUUUUUAUUUGGUCAGUUGUGUAACUGAGGUCCAAUUACGUGACAGACCCAAAAUGUUUGAAUGGGAACUUUUCCACAGGAGAACUUUUAGUUUCUGUGGUUGAUAUGUCCGAAAGUUGGUUAUCUAAUCUACAUAUUGCAAUACUUUAAAAUACAUAACGUAUAGAAACAUAUGGAGCGAAACUAAUAAACAUAUAAAAGUA